AUACUGUACUUUUUCGACCAAAGGUUCAUCAAAAAUGUACGUCACCCAUCAGUUUCGCCCGGGUCACGGUUCAGAAACCGUGCGUGAGCGUGACGGGACCCGUAAAUGGUUCAGAAAACAACGUAGGCGCUUGCAAAAAUAAUUAUUUUGCGCAAGCGCCUGCCGAGGUCACUGUUCACUCACCAUGCGUUAUGCGUGAGGUCACGCAGGAUUUUGUUCGGUUCAUCAGCGCGGAGAACGCGUGACGAACCUUUGGUCGAAAAAGUACAGUAC